CCCAUAAGACUGAGUGAAACCCUUAGCAACCAGGCGAGCUUUAAACCUAUCAAUGCUACCAGCUGCUUUAUGUUUUAACGGUGAAUACCCAUUUGCAUCCCACGGGCCUCUUUCCAUUUGGUAAUUUUGUAAUUUCCCAAGUGCCAUUCGUUGAUCUCAUCUUGUACAACCUUUUUCCAACUAGGAUCAGUUAGUGCCUCUUGGAUUGUAUGAGGAAUCCGUACACUAUCAAGAACAGAGACAAAUGCGUGAUAGGAUGGAGAUAAGAUAUUAUAGGACACAAAGUUGCCAAUGGUAUGUUUAGUACAAGCCCGGACUCCCUUUCUCAAAGCAUUAGGCAGAUCAUCAUUUAUACGAGUAUCAUGACUAGGCAAACUUGAAUGUAUUUCUAGAGGAUGUGGUUCCAGUUUCGAUUCAUGGUGGUCCUCGAGAUGUGUUCGGUCUUCUAAUUCUUUCUCAGAAUUUUUUCUUCUUUGGUAGACAACUCUUUAGGUUCUGGUUGAGAAUCAAUAGUCAUUGGUGGCCCAGAUGAAUUUCCAGAUUGAUUUUCUGUCUUGGGAAGGACUAGAUGUAUCUUGAUUUUCUAUGACUUGGGAAGGACUAGAUGGAUCUUGAUUUUCUAUGACUUGGGAAGGAGAUGGAUCCAUUGGUUGUGGUUUGGAAGAUUGAAUAGAAGGUGGAGUAUAAGUAUGAGUACCUGGAAUAAUGUCAGCAUGGGUACCUAAAAUAAUAUCCCAAAGAUGAGAUUCACUUGCAUUCUCCCCCUGAAUCUCAGACUUGUAAUAAGCAUGGUUUUUGAAAAGGUGACAUCCAUAGAGUUAUAGGUUUUUUUAGUAGCAGGAGAAUAACACUUAUAACCCUUCUGAUGAGAUGAAUAACUAAUAAAGAUGCAUUUGAUAGAUUUAGGAUCUAACUUACUGUGAUGUUGCGAAUAGAGAUGGACAAAAACAGUGCAACCAAAUAUCUUAGGAUCAACAAAGCUAAUGAACCUUGUAUGAGAGAAUAGUUGCAAGAGUGUUUGACACGGAGUUUUAAAUUUGAUAACUUUAGAUGGCAUCCGAUUGAUGAGAUAGGCAGCAGUAAGAAUUGCGUCACCCCAUAAAAAUUUGGGAACGUGAGUCCCAAACAUGAGAGAUCGAGCAACUUCAAGAUGUCGAUUUUUGCGUUCAGCAAUUCCAUUUUGCUGAGCAGUGUCAACACAAGAACUUAAGUGAAUGAUGCCCUGUUGUAUCAUGUAGGGACCCAGAACAGAAUUAAAAAAUUCCUUGGCAUUGUUAGUUUUGAGAAUUUGAAUCUUAGUUUGAAAUUGAGUUUGAAUCAUAGAAUGAAAGCGCUGAAAAAUCUCUUUCACUUUUGAUUUAUUUUUCAUAAGAAAUACCCAAGUUAAUCUAGUGUGAUUAUCUAUAAAUGAUAUAAACCAUCUAUUUUUAGUUAUAGUGUUUACACGUGAAGGUCCCCAUACAUCACUAUGAAUGAAUGAAAAAUGUUUGGAUGGUUUAUAUGAUAAUCUAGAAUAACUAUUGCGAGUGUGUUUUGCAAAUUGACAGAUUUCACAGCAGAAGAGUUUGGAUUUUUGACAGAUAAAUAAAGAAGGAAACAUUUUUCACAGAUACAAAUAUUUUGGAUGACUAAGAUGAUAGUGCUAUAACAUAAUAUCACUGUCUUUAUUAGAAUAAGAAAUAGACUGAUUAUUCAAAGAAAGCAAACUGAACUUUUGGAAUGUGCUAGUGGAUGGAAUUUCAUUCUGUAGAACAUAAAGACCAGAACACAUCUCAGCACUGCCAAUCCUCUCCUCUGAAUCCAAGUCCUGAUAUACGCAAAGAUUUGCAAAAAUUGUCACACAAUGGUGGUCACGAGUAAAUUUACUAAUAGAAAGCAAAUUACAGUCCAAUUUAGGCACAUAAAGUACAUAUGUGAGAGUUAGGUUUAUUUAUUGUGACUGAACCCAAACCCUCAACUUGAGAGAGUGUGCCAUCAGCAAUUUUCACUGAAUGAUUUCCUGUACUCGUGUGAAACUAAAAAAAAGUUGAUGCAUCUCCGAUCGUGAUUUGAUGCGCCAGAGUCAAGAAUGCAAGAUUUAGUAAUUCUUUUAUUGACAAAACAAGCUACUGACUUAUUACCUCUUAUGGCCAACAUUCUAGUACCCAAGCUGAGCUUUAGUAAACGGAGCUGAGUCAGAUGCAUCUUUAUUCCCUUUAGUAGUAGAACUAGUAGUGGCAGCAACAUUCCCUUGACUCUCAUGAUCACCCCAUGACUUGGGCUUCCAAUUUGGAGGCUUUCCAUGGAUUUUCCAGCAUGUUUCUCUGUAGUGUCCAGGUUUUCGGCAAUGGUCACACCAAGGACGUCCCUUAUUAUGACGAUUAUCAAGAUUUGCACCACGAGACUGUCCUCGGGCAGCAAGGGCAGAUGAUUCCUGAUCUGAAAGUAGAGUUGGAGAGCCCAUCAUAACCUUUUUCCUACUUUCUUCAAGACGGACUUUAGAGAAUGCCUCUCUGACCUUAGGAAGGGGCUUGGUGCUCAUGAUUCAACUCAGGACUGCAUCGAGAUUUUUGUUGAGGCCAUGAAAAAAUUUGAAAGUCCUCUUUUUCUCCACAAUGGUACGGUAGAGGGUAGUAUCAUCAAUAAACUUCCAGGCAAAUUCUUCAAAUAGAUCCAGCUACUACCAAUAGCGUAUGAGAGUGUUGAAGUAUUGAGUGACAGAGGUAUCAUCUUGGCAGAGAUCAUACAAGGCAGCUUCGAUAGCAAAGAGUUCUGAGGUAUUUUUAGAACUUGAAUAAGACUCUUUGACAUCAUCCCAUAAUUCCUUUGCCGUGGCAUAUAAGAGAAGAUUUUCCCUUAUAUCAUUAUUCAUAGAGCUUGUCAGCCAUGAUUUAAUCAUAUGAUUGUCAGAUUUUCAAGUUUUGAACGUAGGAUCAUCUUGCUUUGGAGCAGAAUUUUCCCCAAUGAGAUAUUCCUCCUUGCCUUUUUCACCAAUAUAAAUCAGCACAGAUUGGGACCAUUGGAGAUAGUUGUGUCCAUUGAAUUAGUGGCUGGUUACCAGAGAAACAACAUCAUUGUAUGAGAGAGAGCUGGAGUAGAGAGGGACUGAUCUGAUGAGGACGUCUUGGAGGUUACCUUUGAGGUGAAGCUGUCUUUUUCAGCAGCCAUGGCAGACAGGAAUGGACACACGGAGAAGAGAAGAAAGGAAAAAGAAAAAUAUUGAAGCCCUAGGAAAGUUACGACUCUAAUACCAUAUUGAGGCUGAUGUAGAUGAAGAUUUCUCGUUUAUACAACCCUUGGAUCUCAUCUCGAAAGAUGUCUAUGAACUGCAGAGGAUCAUUAAAGAAAAAAAGGAGAAUCUGAAAAUGGAUAGGGUUAAAGCAGAUGAGAAAGAUAAUGAGAUCAAGCAGAAAAUAGAACAGGAUCAUGCACCAGAAGGAGAGGAGGAAAAGGUAAAGGAACAAGAAAAACAAAAUGAUAAAGAGAUGAUAAUGAAGGAUUUGGAGGAAGAUAAGGGAAAACCGGAGCCGGAUAAAAAUUUGGAUGAGAAGUCUGAAGAUAAGACUAACAUUGAACAUGAACAAAAGCGUGCAGAAUGCAGUGGACCAGAACCAAUGGAAAUCUCCACAAGUCCAUUAUUUCCUUUUGAACUUCCUAGUUCUGACAUAACAAUUCUAGAAGGGCACGCUUCAGAGGUUUUUGCUUGUGCAUGGAGUCCAUCAGGUUCACUUCUUGCAUCUGGAUCUGGAGAUUCAACAGCUCGAAUUUGGACCACUCCAGAUGCAACUUCAAAGCCUGUCAUGCAAAGUGGCUCUACAUCUGUCGUUGUGUUGAAGCAUUUCAAAGGUAAAACCAACGAGAAAAGCAAGGAUGUGACAACACUAGAUUGGAAUGGUGAUGGGACCUUACUUGCAACAGGCUCUUAUGAUGGACAAGCAAGGAUAUGGAGUAGAGAUGGGGAGUUGAGGAGUACACUGAACAAACAUAAAGGUCCUAUCUUUUCUCUAAAAUGGAACAAGAAGGGUGAUUAUCUUCUUAGUGGCAGUGUGGAUAAAACUGCAAUUGUGUGGGACACAAGGACUGGAGAAUGUAAACAACAAUUUGAAUGUCAUUCAGCUCCUACACUAGAUGUUGACUGGCGAAACAAUGUUUCAUUUGCUACAUGCUCCACUGAUACUACAAUACAUGUUUGCAAGGUUGGAGAGAAACUACCAAUGAAAACCUUUUCAGGACAUCAGGGUGAAGUUAAUGCCAUUAAAUGGGACCCAACUGGUACAUUAUUGGCUUCUUGUUCUGAUGAUUUUACUGCAAAGAUAUGGAGUUUGAAACAAGAUAAGCACUUGCAUGAUUUGAAGGAACACACUAAGGAGAUUUAUACUAUUCGUUGGAGUCCUACUGGACCAGGCACAAUCAAUCCUAACCAGCAGUUAGUGCUAGCGAGUGCUUCCUUUGACUCUACAAUAAAGCUAUGGGGCGUCGAACAAGGAAAACUACUCUACAGUUUCAAUGGCCACAGGGAUCCUGUGUACUCUGUUGCAUUCAGCCCAAAUGGGGAGUACUUAGCCAGCGGAUCCAUGGACAAAUGCAUGCACAUAUGGUCGGUCAAAGAAGGCAAAAUUGUAAAAUCAUACACCGGAAAUGGUGGGAUUUUUGAAGUCUGUUGGAACAAAGAAGGGUAUAACUGGCAAGCAAUAAAUGAAGGAAAGUGGACUCCAGAUCAAAUAGCUCAAGGUUGUGCUACCAAGUUUGGGAUAGUUUAAGAUCAUCCAGAUCGACUCAAAUAUCAUUAACAGAGGUCGAGAUAUAUGGUGUCCUGACCGUCCUCAUCAAGCUCCAAGAAUGAUCCAAGUUAAGAUCGUUAUGCUCCCAUAACAUCCAGUUCGAGUAGCGCAUCCAGCUCGCAGAAGUCCAAUGACGCGCAUAAGGAAGAAUCCCAACAGACUCGGAGAUUCUUCAUGCAUAAUAAAUGUUUAUAAUCGUUAUGUAUCCAAUGCCCGAUAUAACAACCAUAGGUUUAAUUAGGACAUUUAUGUAUUCAAUUAUUUGGGAAGUUACCCAAUCCUGUAAAUUACAUUUUAUUGUACGGUUACCCAGUAUUGUCUACCACAAUUCCCUAUAAAUAUAGAGGGAAUUGACAGUAAAAGGGAUCAACUUUUUUUGUGCUAAAACUCUGUAGAAAUUGUCACAAACAAUUUCUCCAAGAGUUCCUAAAAGGAAAUAAGAGUGACUUGUGGACUA